UUAUUUAGCUAUCGUUUAAAUGACUAACUUCAAAAUUGAAGCUCGAGCUCGGUCAGUUUUCUCGCUCGAGCUUUUAUGGAGCGGAUGACUCACGUAUAGCUACACCCGUAAGUCUGGAAACCGAAAUCCACCUUCUCUCGGUCUCUCCUCACGCACGCUAACGCAAGACGCCGUCGUCGAUUGCUCUCGGAAACCCCAAUCCUCUCCUCCUUCCUCACGAGUCACGCCGUCGUCGAUUGCUCUCCGAAAAGAUCGUUGUUUGUUUCGUUGAUUUCUCUCCGAAAUCCUCUCCUCCUUCCUCACGAGUCACGGGUUUGUUUUGUUGCCCCCUCUGUCGCCGUCGGCCCUUGUUCGCUAGUUGAGCUCCUCGUUGCCUGCUGUUCACCGUGCCGUUGUCUGCUCCUCCAUUGCUGACCAGACCUCAGUCGGACAAUCCCCACUCGGCCACUCCGUUGUACACCUAGCACAGUAGCACCACCACCAGGCCUCCAACGUUUGAAAUGCUUAGUGUUGUCAGAUACUGAAGUUGGAAGCAGUGGGCUUCACCACCUAUCUGUGGCAGUACUUACUACUAUUUUUUCAAAGAGUUGGUUAACAGAAUCAGAAAGAGACAGAGGGAGGGAUGAAGUUCAAGGCAUUUAUCACGGAGAAUGGUGUUAGCCUGUUAGAAAGGAGGUUCCUACCUGCCUUAGAAAAAAUGGGAAAGGUAUGCCACCUUUUCCUCACUAGGGACCACACUUUCUUCCUUCACAACCUUCUCAAUGGGGAUGGAGUUCAAUCCAUUGCUCAAUUUCGAAAAGAGGCUCUCUUUGAUGAUUAUCGCAUUUCCAGCCAGAAUGAGGAUCGCAUUGCUUUUGCCAUUGACAUUUCACUUCUCUACCGCGCUGUACGAAGCAGUGUCAGUAUUUGCAGUGAAUAUGGCGGUGGUGGAGCCACUGAAAAUCGUCUCCAGAUUAAAUUGGUGAAGAAACUACCGCCAAAUUGUACUCAGCCAACGCCUUAUCUUACCUUUGAAACUAAGGGUUAUAAAUCGGCAGUUAUUCAGGAUGUACCAAUAUCAAAACCAUUGUCCAGAGCUCAAGUGCUGGAACUUCAAACUGCUCUUGAUAUGGCCCAAGAUCUGCCUCAGACUUUGGUUCAAGUUCCAGACUUGAAUCAGUUGCAAAGCUAUGUGGACAGGAUGAAGCAUGUUGGUGAUUUACUAAAUGUCUCUAUAAGCAAGUAUGGUGAUCUUCACGUGCAAAUAUCAACUACAUUGAUCACACUUGGUGCUGAAUUCCGGAAAUUGUUGGUUAUUGGAGACAAAGCACAAGCUCCACCAGAGGAUCAGAAUUUAAGUGCUCAGUCUCGGUCACAGAGGGCAAUUUUAAGGGGAGAUGCUCAGUCUGUCCAAGUAAGUGUAAGGCAUUUUUCCAAAAGUCUUCAAUGUCAUCUGGCUAAACCAGACUGUGCUUUCUAUGGGAUUGUUCCUCCAGGUGCUUGCUUGACAGUAAUAUUUCAAUUCUUCAUUCCUGGAACACGUCAAACAGAUAAAUCAAUCAGCCUACACUGCAGGCUUCCUGUGCUUGACCCAGGAUCGAACUGAAGAAAGAUUUGAUAACCAAUAUGCUUUGUCUAGCUUUGGAGUGUGAUGAUGGGUAGCCUGCUUUACACUUUCUGACAUAAGCAGUCGAAAAUGUCAAAUUUGCAAAGGAGACAUCUGUGCAAAACAGUCCAGAAAUGAUUUCUAGGACCAAAGUAGAGUUGUUUGUUAAUAUCUAUAUCUUGCCAUGGGGACAAUCUUUUUUAAGUGACAAUGUUUGGAUAACAUGUCAACCUGAAUUCACAUCAAUUUCAAAGUAUGUCCAUUGAGCAAAAUGUACGAUUA